AAGCGCGCGCGGGUGAGUUCGCCGGUCACCGCGGCCUCCCCGGUCCUGAGAGCCGCCCGCGCGCCCCUGUCGCUCCCGAAUCCCGGGGGCGAGCCCGACGGCGAUGCGGUGGCUGGCUUCUUGCGCUGGUGCGCGGGAGUGGGGCUGGAGCUGAGUCCCAAGGUGGCGGUGAGCCGGCAGGGCACGGUGGCCGGCUAUGGCAUGGUGGCGCGGGAGAGCGUGCAGCCGGGGGAGCUGCUGUUCGCAGUGCCGCGCUCGGUGCUUCUGUCUCCGCACACCUGUUCCAUCAGCGGCCUGCUGGAGCGAGAACGAGACACGCUGCAGAGCCUGUCCGGAUGGGUGCCGCUGCUCCUGGCGCUGCUCCACGAGCUGCAAGCCCCAGCCUCACCUUGGAGCCCCUACUUCGCUCUCUGGCCAGAGCUGGGGCGUUUGGAGCAUCCCAUGUUUUGGCCAGAGGAGGAGCGGCUGCGCCUCCUAAAGGGUACAGGUGUCCCGGAGGCCGUGGAGAAGGACUUGGUGAACAUCCGAAGUGAAUACUAUUCCAUCGUCCUGCCCUUCAUGGAGGCUCACUCCGAUUUCUUCAGCCCCACUGUUCGCUCUCUGGAUCUCUAUCGCCAGCUUGUGGCCCUUGUAAUGGCUUAUAGCUUUCAAGAACCGCUGGAGGAAGAGGACGAUGAAAAGGAGCCCAACUCCCCCUUGAUGGUGCCUGCUGCAGACAUACUAAACCAUAUAGCCAACCACAAUGCCAAUCUAGAGUACUCAGCAGAUUAUCUCCGGAUGGUAGCUACUCAGCCCAUUCCUAAAGGUCAUGAGAUUUUCAACACAUAUGGGCAGAUGGCUAAUUGGCAACUGAUUCAUAUGUAUGGUUUUGCUGAGCCCUAUCCUGACAACACAGAUGACACAGCUGACAUCCAGAUGGUGACAGUCCGAGACGCCGCACUGCAGGGAACAAAGGAUGAAGCUGAAAGGCAGCUCUUGUGUGAACGCUGGGAUUUCCUGUGCAAACUGGAGAUGGUAGGGGAAGAGGGAGCCUUUGUGAUUGGUCGUGAGGAGGUAUUGACUGAAGAGGAACUAGCCACCACACUCAAGGUGCUGUGCAUGCCUGCCGAGGAGUUCCAAGGCUAUAAAGUUCAGGCUGGACGGGGAGAGCAAGAAAGGGAAGAGGACAGUCUGAAAAUCACAAACAUCCCCAAGCUCCAAGUAGCAUGGAGACGGCUUCUUCGAGACAGUGUUCUGUUGACCCUACAGACCUAUGCCACAGACUUAAAAACGGAUCAAGAUUUACUUAGCAAUAAGGAAGUCUACGCCAAGCUCAGCUGGCGGGAACAGCAAGCCUUACAAGUCCGCUAUGGUCAAAAGAUGAUCUUACACCAAUUGUUGGAACUCACAAAUGAGCAGCUUCCCUGAAUGACCAGCAAUGAGAACCUUUUAAGCUUGCGUUUUGUUGCCUGUAAAGGACAGAAAUGUGGGUCUUUUGCCGUUUGGACUGUAAAAGUAGCUAAAGAUAAACAAGGAUUAAUCCAAGGCAAGAGUUACAUGUUGGCAUUUUAGGAUUGAAAUCAGUGCAUUUGGGACUUGCUGCCAAUUGUUAAGAACAUUCUAUUUUUGCUAAUGUCUUCAGGUUUUUAAUAAAAUUUAAUAAAUGUGAAUUGAGCUCAA